AUGAAAUUCCUAGUGCUCGCAGCCUGCUUCGCCGUAGCCCUCGCUGGCCCCGCCCGCCUCCUUCCAGAGAACGCUGGCCCAGUGGUCAUCGAACCCGAACCAAUUGUUGUCGGUCCUGGCAUGGUCAAGCCCGAAGUUAUUGCCCCUGGCCCAGCUAUCAUUGAACCCGAGCCCAUCUCAGUCGGACCCGCUAUCGUGGACUACGAACCCAUCUCCGUCGGACCCGCUUUCGUCGACCACGAACCCAUCUCUGUUGGCCCAGCUAUCAUCGACCCCGAAAUCGCCGCCCAACAACAGAGCCCCCUCGUCCAGGUCAUCAUCAACAUCAACUCACAGAGCCACGUCAUCGAAAUCCCCGUCGAUCACGAGACGCCCGAAGCUGGCCCCGCCAUCAUCGAGCCAGAAAUCAUCCCCCAGCCCGUGGAUGUUGUUGAUGUUCAACCCGUGGAUGUCGUGGAUGUCAAGCCCGUGGAUGUCGUUGACGUCGAGCCCGUGGACGUAGUCGAAGUCGCCCCCGCAGAAAUCGGAACCCCCGCCCUCCCCAGCCCCAUCGGCGUCGACCCCGCCCAGACCCUCCCUGAACAACUCAACUAA